GCCGUGUUUUUACUGAUCUCGCGCUGCAUCAGAUCUCAUAUAAACAUUUGAGUGAGUUUGAGCUCGAGACGAUCACCUCAGGUAAGAAAUAUAAUUUCUGAACAAACAUUCAGUGAUCUUCUAUGAGAACGCGGGGUCUGUAUGAACGAAUGACUGCCGGAUGACGCUGUUAGCCUGAAGCUAAACUCACAGAGAUAUUAAACGUCAAAUCACUGAUAUUUCAUCACGAAGGAGAAAUCAGUGACGUCAUGAUUGUAAUCAGAUUGAAAUGUGAGGUGAUUCCUGUAGUUUGUGUGUGAGUGUGUAAGAUAAUAGAGACCGCAGAUCAUCGUAUGGGUUUGAGUAAUAAUCGAUAUGAACACUGUAUGAAUGGACAGCUGCUGUCGUCGAUGUGAACGAAUGAAUCGAUGAGCUCGUGCAGACGUGGCAUCAAAACAUCCUCCCGAGGAAAAUCAUUUUAGUGUUAUGAUGCAUGAAAAAACAAAACAAAAAUACUAAAGAUUGAUGUGCUUCAAGAUGAAACAUAUUACAAAGAUUACAAAGCAUAUCAUAUUUUCUGUUUAUUUUUAGUAUGUAUGAAUAAUAUAUUUAUAAAGAGCCGGAUGUCCGUAUGAUUGAUCACAGAUCACAGGCUGACGUCAUCAUGUUGCGUUUAUUCAGUUCUGUCACACACGUUUCCACGGGUGAAAUCACGCAGCAAUCUGUAAAAGGCACAUUUAACACCCUCCAAGACCUGUAUGUCUCCAAAGUGAGGAAACUACAGGUAGAAUCACUCCGGACCCCACACACCCUGCCUACUCCCUCUUUGAACGGUUGACACCCUCUGGCUACAGAGCUCUGAGCGCCAGGACAUCCAGGCACAAGAACAGUUUUUACCCUCAGACCAUUUACCACAUGAACAAUUAAACUGACUUCAGGAAUCCUCCAUAAUGCAGUAAUGCUGAUCCAGUGAAGAUGAUGGAAGAGAGUGGAAUCGAGAGCACACCGCCCACCACCCCUCCACCACCCCCCACAGCGGCCGUCAGCCCACCGCCACCCGCCGCCGGUAUGUGCAGUCCUCUGACGCUCCCCAGCUCCUCUGGUGUGUCCGGGUUUGCUCCCAGAGGUCUCUCCAGUCCUGUUCCUCCAGUGCCGCCCCUGCAGUCAUCGGCUCCUCCUCCUCUCCCUCUUGGCUCAGUAACAGCUCCUCUGGGUCUGAGUGCUCCUUACAGCAGCCCUGUCGCCCCGUACGCUGCCUCUGCGGCCCCUCCCCUUAGCACCACGUCCCCACCUGGCCCCGUCCUGUCUUUCCCACCCAUCGGCCCGCCCACCACUGGCUUCUCUGUGAGCGCAGGAUACGACAUAACACGUGGCCAUGCUGGCCGGACCCCUCAGACACCGCUGAUGCCCAGUUUCUCUAGCACCUCACCCAUGCCAGGCAUUGUGUCUAAUCCCAUGAUGCAGCAGCCGAUGUCUGGAGGUUUAGACGUCAGCUCUCCCAUCACAUUCCCUGAAGACAAUGAAGAUCCCAGAGUGACUCUGGACAGCGGCUCCGCUGGAGGAUUAUGGGGCUUCAUCAAGGGUGUAGCUGGUAACCCGAUGGUCAAGACAGUACUAGAUAAAACCAAACACUCAGUGGAGUCCAUGAUCACCACACUGGAUCCUGGAAUGGCUCCUUACAUCAAGUCAGGGGGUGACGUGGACAUUGUGGUGACGUCAGAUAAGGAAGUGAAGGUGGCAGCGGUACGGGAGGCAUUUCAAGAUGUGUUUGGUAUGGCGAUGGUGACGGGCGAGGCAGGUCAGUCAAACAUCGCCCCACAGCCAGUGGGCUACGCUGCAGGACUCAAGGGAGCUCAAGAGCGCAUUGACAGUCUGCGUCGUGCUGCAGUCAUCCAUGAGAAGCAGCCUGUGGUGUCUGUGGAGAACUUCAUUGCUGAACUCUUUCCAGACAAGUGGUUUGAUAUCGGCUGUGUGAUAUUAGAUGAUCCUGGCAAUGGCAUUCACAUCGAAAUAUUCACUCAAGCGACACCUGUGGCCCUGGAACACGUUCAACAGGCUCAGUCUCUGACUCCUCCAGACUAUCCUUUGCUCUGGUCUGGUCUGCUGGUGACCGUCGGGGAAGUUCUGGAGAGAAACGUGCCAAACGUAAGCCGCACAGACUGGCAUCAGUCCUUCACUGGCGUGUCCCGCAGACAGAUGGUCUACUGCGCUGCUAAAGCUUUGGCUGGCAUGUACAAACUGCGGUUGCCCGCCAGGACUUUGUGAAUGCAUCAGGACGCAGUCUCCCAUAAUGCACCGGGAGUCUCGCCCUGCGUGUUUUCACUAACAUCACAUGAGAUCUCUACAUGCCAACAAGAACUUAAAACCAGCUGAUGAAAAGGAACGUUUGGUUUAUUUCUGCAGCAGGCUUCAAAUAAACCAAAUUACAGGGAAGAAUAAUACACAGCUAUUGAUGAAUCUUUUAAAUUAUUGAUUAUAUGAUGUUUCUUCUAGAUUAUACGAGUUUGAAUGAUGUUAAUAAUUGACAACUUCCCUUUUCUUAAGCACAAUCUGUAUGGUGUAAAUAGAGUAAAACUGGAAAAAAACAUCAGAUGAGCAAAAUACUGUACAUCUGAAAUCCUGCUGCAGGACAUUCUGCACGGCUCAUUUAAAAUCAUCAAAACUUGCCAGGAAGAAAUGAUUUUCUGUUGAGCAGAUUUCUGUUCUCUUGUGUCCUAAGAUCUGUCUCUUCCUAAUCAGAUGUGAGCACUUCAAACAACAGGACUUUUAGACAAUUGCGCUGGGUAGCCCCGCCCACUGUGCCCACCCAACUCUCAUUAAUCUAAAAUCACGCUCAUAAUAGCAUAUAUUAAACAUUCGAAGUGUUCUGAUUGGCUGAUUGUGCCACGUCUCGCAGCAGUCACAUGCUCAGUGCGACUAAAUUGAUGUUGGAAGCUUUUUGCAUCUGGUUAGGAGGCAGUGUUUGUUUUGCUCUUAUUUUUAAUGUAAACGCAUUAAAUAUUGAGGCAAAUCUAAUACCCUUUUUGAUCUGCAGAUUUUAUUAUUAAUCCAUUGAAAUUUAUGUUAAUGUUGUGAUAUCAUUUUGAAGUUUUGUCUUAAUUUUUCAUUUUCUUUUUUUUUCAUCUAGUCUAAUCAUCAAACAUCAUGAUGUCGUUUGUCUGUACAUUUGGUUUUUGCUCUUCUUUUUUUCAAAAUAUUCUGUGCUAGCCAUCAUUAUUAAUUAAAUCAGAUUGUUAGUAAAUGUAUCUUUGCUCCGUACUCACACAAACCAAUUAUUAUAAAUGUUGUUACAUAAAACAUUCAUCAUAAAUGUCAGUUUGUUUAAAUAUGGCCAAUAGACGGUCAUUAAUAAUGUGCAGCAGUUUAACUAAGUCAAAGCCCAAAAUCAGAUGUUUCACUCCAAGUGACACAGAACACAUGAUGAUCUGAGCAUGACCUCUGAGUGACCUCUGAUGUGUAGCACAUAAUAUCUAAGCCAAAGCUAUGCUGGACUGCAAGACUUGAGGAAUAUUUCCAAAAUCUAGAACUGCCUUUAAUGUGUCUUUAUCUGUUUGUAAUAUUUCUCCAGAACAACUGUGGAUGAUUUUAUUGCAUUUUACAAUCGUGCCUUUAGACAGCAGAAGAGUAUCAAAAGAUCUUUAAUAAAAAGCUAAAUGUUCCUCUGUUUUGUUUGUGUGCUUUUGGUUUAUAUCUUCAGAAAUUAAUUGCCCCAGCAGGUUUUGACAGAAGUCUAUGUAAUUUUCUAUGAUUACUUAUUAAAUAUUAACUUUUAGUUAACCUAAAUUGGUUGAGGUGUUCAAUAUGCGUCAUUAUGUUCAUUUCAGAUUCACUUCAUUCAUAUAUUUUUAUAUUAAUUUUGGGAUGUUGCAUUAAAAAAAAAAAAAUUAAUAA